AAGAUCCACGAGGGGCACUAUUAUAUCAUCAUCACUCGUCCCCAGAGCUGAGCCGUACCUAUCCCCGUCCAUUCACAGCAGCAGCAGGACAGGAGCGAGCCAGGAAUUGAGACUGGAAGAAGAAGCGAGAAAGGCAUGGAGGUGGCGAGAGGCAGCAACGGCGGGAAGCUGAACCCGUGGGCGGAGCCCUUCGUGCCCGGGAGCUGGUGCCGCCCCAUGGCAGUGGAGGCGGAGGCGGAGGCAGAGGUGGAUGACUUCUCCCCCGAAUGGUGGCGCCUCGUCGCGUCCUCGUCGUCCUUCCGCGACCGCUGGCUCCGCGACUACGGCGACCUCGGCCUCCUCGACGACGCCGACGACGCCCACGAAGGGGACGGGAGGAAGGAAGAAGUGGCCGCCGGUAAGGAAGGCGGCGGAGGCGAGGUGGCGCCGUGGGGCAUCGAGAAGUGGUGGCGGGCGCACGUCACGCAGCCGGAGGUCCCCAAGUACGCCGAGAAGGCGCCUAAGAAGGUCCCCGGCGGCGCUAGGUUCAGCCCCCGCACCAUCCAGCAGCCUCGCUGAGCAGCCGGCAACUCUCCUCCACCCACCGAGAUCCAUCAAUCUUGAAAUAAACGACGAGGAAAAGUAAACGAAAAAUAGUUUUGUGAGCUCUUCUGUGUUCCGUAGCUUUGCUUGUUCAUCUUGUCGUGUCGUUUUAGUUUGGGUUGUUUAGGUCAAGGUCGAACUGGGAUGGGAUGGAUCAUGGAUCCACUGCGCGCUGUGUACAGAUCCUUGUAAUAAGAUGCAGUGAGACUUUCUUUACAAGCGCCAUGGUUUGUUUCA